AUGGCACAAAACAGCAAUGUAGCUCGAUUCCCCAUCGAUGUCAUCCGCCUCACAGCAGCCACCACACAAGCACCCGUUAAGAGACCCAGAGAAUUCACCUGCUUCUCCUACGACAAGAACCACAACCUCCGCCUCGACGACUCCUCUAUCAAAUGGUACUACCCACCUCAACCCCCCGCCCUCCCCGCCAACCUCUCCGCCGGCUUCGACAAUUUCGACAAGCACGACAGCCAAGACGAGCACCUCGACAGCCUCCUCACAGCCAUCGCCCACUACGAGCAGCAAACCAACCAGCCCAUCGACGCCAAGUUCGUCACGUGGCGAGGCAUGAUGACCAAAUUCCUGAUCGCUCCCUAUCCGUAUGACGACGACGACGGCUUCGAAAUGAACGCCACGCUCUUCCAAGACUGCAUCUUCAUCGAAGAGAACUGGGUUUUUGCUGCCGAAAAGAAAGCCAAGCAGAAUUCAGGGUGGAAAGGUCCAAUAUCACAGGAAGAAAUGACGUUUUGGGGUUACAAGUUUGAGACGCUGGCUACGAUACCGCGGCCGUGGGCGGAGACGUCCAGGGAGGUGAUUGAGAAUAGGGGCGACGAGGUGGUGAGCAACAAGGAACAGUAUUGCUCUGUUGUGAGGUCAGAGAUAGGGGGGAAGGUUCUCUGUUUUGGGGGGGAGGUGGAUGCUAUAUGGGAUAUGAAGCCAAAGGAGCCGGGGGCUAAGAUCAACUGGGUUGAGCUGAAGACGUCCAAAGUCAUCCAGAGCCCGAGGGAUAAGUUCCAAUUCAACAAGAAGCUGAUGAAGUUUUGGGCACAGUCGUUUUUGCUGGGGGUGCCGAAGAUUGUUGUUGGUUGGAGGGAUAAGAAGGGGAUGUUGGUUUCGUGCGAAGAGUAUGAGACGAAGGAGAUUGAUGAGAGGGUGAGGAGGGAGAGGGAUGGCGGGCAGUGGCCGUGGAUGCCGUGGGUGUGCGUCAAUUUUGCGUCGGAGAUAUUGGAUUGUAAGUUGUCCAUCUUUUCAGGAGUGUGGAGGAUUCGAUUCGAUGCGAAGUCAAAGGUUGUCGAGUUGUUCAAGGUCGAAGAGACGGGUCAUGGAAGAAUUUUAACGGAUGAGUUUGUGAACUGGAGGACAAGACUUGCGUCAAGUAAUCAGCUUCAAGAUGGGUAG